CGCGCCACCGGCUUCGCGCGCGCUGCCUGCUGAAUGGCUCUGCUCUCGCCCACUCCAGCCAAUCAAGAAAGUCGCUCGGCCACUGUCUUGCGGGCUGCGUCGCGUAGCUCACCCCUGUGUCGCGUCUCUUUUGACGUCUUGAACAACAUGGCGGCUGAAAGUGGUAGCGAUUCGCAGCUGAGAAGAAAAAGGCGCCGGGACCCAGAGGAACCGGAAAAAACGGAACUGAGCGAGAGAGAGCUGGUGGCGGCAGUGACGGGAACCCAAGAAAAUGAUGAGAAUGAAGAGCGCUGGGUUGGGCCUUUACCCGUGGAAGCUACGCUAGCCAAGAAGAGGAAAGUUCUAGAGUUUGAAAGAGUCUAUCUUGAUAAUCUCCCCAGUGCAUCCAUGUAUGAGCGCAGUUACAUGCACAGAGAUGUUAUUACACAUGUGGUAUGCACCAAGACAGAUUUUAUCAUCACUGCAAGUCAUGACGGGCAUGUUAAGUUUUGGAAAAAAAUAGAAGAGGGAAUUGAAUUUGUCAAGCAUUUUCGUAGUCACCUAGGAAUUAUUGAGAGUAUUGCAGUUAGCUCUGAGGGAGCUUUGUUCUGUUCUGUGGGUGAUGAUAAAGCAAUGAAGGUGUUUGAUGUAGUGAACUUUGACAUGAUCAAUAUGCUGAAGCUUGGCUAUUUUCCUGGACAGUGUGAAUGGAUCUAUUGCCCAGGGGAUGCCAUAUCUUCCGUUGCUGCUUCUGAGAAGAGUACAGGAAAGAUUUUCAUUUAUGAUGGUCGAGGAGAUAACCAACCACUUCAUAUUUUUGACAAACUCCAUGUAUCACCUCUUACUCAGAUAAGACUCAACCCAGUUUACAAAGCAGUGGUAUCUUCUGACAAAUCUGGAAUGAUUGAGUACUGGACUGGUCCUCCUCAUCAAUAUAAAUUCCCUAAAAAUGUGAACUGGGAGUAUAAAACUGAUACAGACUUAUAUGAAUUUGCCAAGUGUAAAGCUUAUCCAACCAGCAUAUGUUUUUCACCUGAUGGGAAGAAAAUAGCUACCAUUGGCUCUGAUAGAAAAGUUAGAAUUUUCAGAUUUUUAACUGGAAAACUCAUGAGAGUCUUUGAUGAGUCAUUAAGUAUGUUUACUGAACUGCAGCAGAUGAGGCAACAGCUACCAGACAUGGAGUUUGGCCGAAGAAUGGCUGUAGAACGUGAGUUGGAGAAAGUGGAUGCUGUCAGAUUAAUUAAUAUAGUUUUUGAUGAAACUGGACACUUCGUGUUAUAUGGAACAAUGCUGGGCAUUAAAGUUAUAAAUGUAGAAACAAAUCGGUGUGUACGGAUUUUAGGCAAGCAAGAGAAUAUCAGAGUGAUGCAGCUAGCUUUGUUUCAGGGAAUAGCCAAAAAGCAUCGCGCUGCAACUACUAUAGAGAUGAAAGCUUCUGAAAACCCGGUUCUUCAGAAUAUUCAAGCUGACCCAACAAUAGUCUGUACCUCUUUCAAAAAGAAUAGAUUUUACAUGUUUACCAAACGAGAACCUGAAGAUACAAAAAGUGCAGAUUCAGACCGAGAUGUUUUUAAUGAGAAGCCUUCUAAAGAAGAAGUCAUGGCUGCUACUCAAGCUGAAGGGCCUAAACGAGUCUCAGAUAGCGCUAUUAUCCACACAAGCAUGGGAGACAUUCACAUCAAACUUUUUCCUGUUGAGUGUCCUAAGACAGUUGAAAACUUCUGUGUUCACAGCAGAAAUGGUUAUUAUAAUGGGCAUACAUUUCACCGCAUCAUUAAGGGCUUCAUGAUUCAGACAGGAGAUCCAACAGGUACUGGUAUGGGAGGAGAAAGCAUAUGGGGAGGAGAGUUUGAAGAUGAAUUUCAUUCAACAUUACGACAUGACAGACCAUACACACUCAGCAUGGCCAAUGCUGGAUCAAAUACUAAUGGAUCACAGUUUUUCAUAACAGUUGUACCAACGCCUUGGCUUGAUAAUAAACAUACCGUGUUUGGACGAGUGACUAAAGGAAUGGAGGUUGUGCAGAGGAUCUCCAAUGUUAAAGUCAACCCCAAAACAGAUAAGCCUUAUGAGGAUGUCAGCAUUAUAAAUAUCACUGUUAAGUAAAAUGUAAUUAUACAACACUAUUUUACAUUUGGAAGCUUAUUACUUACUGAAUAUGAAAAUCAUGUCUUAAAAAUACAAAACUGUAUUUUUAUAUUUCUAAUUAAAGACCAUCUUUUAAAACUGA